AUGGUGAACUUGGCAAAGCUUGAUUUUGUUGUCCUGGACAUUACUGGAAAAAACUACCUCACUUGGGUAGUGGAUGUCGAUAUUCAUCUGGAGGCAGGGAAUCUUGUAAAAACAAUCAAGGAGGAGAAUAAUGCAUCUUCUCAAGAUCGGGCGAAGGCCAUGAUCCUUAUCUGUCGCCACCUUGAUAAAAGACUAAAAAGCGAGUACCUAACGGUUGAGGAUCCGUUAGCUCUCUUAAAGGCAUUAAGAAACAAAUACAAUCACCAGAAAAUGGUAGUGGAUGUCAAUAUUCAUCUGGAGGCAGAGAAUCUUGCAGAAACAAUCAAGGAGGAGAACAAUGCAUCUUCUCAAGAUCGGGCGAAUGCCAUGAUCCCUAUCCGUCGCCACCUUGAUGAAAGACUAAAAAGUGAGUACCUAACGGUUGAAGAUCUGUUAGCUCUCUAG